UCCCAGCCUCCCGGAGCGUUUACUCACUCCACGCUGGAGCCCGAAACCGCUCUGGUAUCCACACACCAAUUCAUCUAGAAAACCUGCAGGGGAAAGACUGACUGACCACUGACCAAGUGUGCAGCGUGACUACUUGCUUGAUCGCAUGUGAUGGUCCUGGUGAAUCUUCAAAGUCAAGUGAUGGAGAGCAUUCGCUUCUAGCUUAUGGCCUUGUCUCGAACCUGAUUCUUCCCGUUCCCGAUUUGUUUCUGUCAAUUAAUAAUCAAACUGUUCCGGCCCUACGAGUCGAUCAAGAAAAGUUGAAUGGUCGAUCGAGACCUGGAGAUCGAGCUAGCAUUGCAAUGCCGCGUGGAACGUUUCCACGAGUUCGUGACAGUGAUAGAUCAUGGUUAGUUCUGCCGUUUUUCGUCGUCAAACAGGAAUACGUGUAGGCGAACGGUCAAGUUUGAGUACCUAUAUAUGCUUGAUGCUUCUGUCUAUACAUACACUUCUGGAGCUGCAAGCAUCUAGGCUAGGGGGAUCGUCGUAUCCCGGUGGGUGGGUGUCCAAAUAUUCUCCGACAAAAACUCCGUAGAGGCGGCCGGGUUUAUAUAAAUGGGUGAUCGGACGAGGCGCGGCGGCGGCGGCGGCUGGUUCACCGUCGUCGUCGCUCCGCUCAUCAUCGUCAUCUUGCUCGCGGCGAGUCGGGGUGCAUCGGCGGCGGCGCGGCGAGCCGGCGUCCAGGACGACGGCGUGAUGCUGGCGAGCGGCCCCGGGACUAGCAGUAGCAGGAGCCGCAGCGCCGGCGUCUCCAUGGUGGCGGGGGAGGAGGCCGCCUACCUCAUGUCCGCCCUGCACGCGUGUGGCUCACGCAGAGAUGCUACCAUCGAUCAGCUGCGGAAGUGUGCAGAAGCUACUGAUGUGCAACGAAGCUCUGUGAAGCUUAUUGCUGUGCCACAGAAACACGCCUUUAAAGAUUUUGUGAACGUCGCCAUCGAUAUAUUCAGGGCCGCCAUGGACAAGCUACAAUCUCCUCCAAGCUAUGAGUUGUGUGCUUUCAAUGGCACUUACGACGAGCUAGUACGGAAUGUAUCUGAAAAGGUGUUUGAUGGAGCAGUGGGUGAUGUGACCAUAACUGACGACCGUGCCAGGAUUGUAGAUUUUACAAUGCCAUAUGCACCAUCUGGUGUGUCCUUGCUUGUGCUCGCUGACAAUGACUCCAAACCACCAAUCCAGUGGAUAUUCUUGAAGCCACUAACGACGGAGCUCUGGCUUACUACGGUGGGCUUCUUCCUCUUCACCGGCUUUGUCGUGUGGGUGAUCGAGUGGCCCAGAAAUCCAGCAUACCAAGGAUCAAGCGUGGCACAAUUCAGCACCGCUUCGUACUUUGCUUUCUCCACCUUGACGUUUUCUCACGGCCAGAUAAUUAAAAGCUCUCUGUCGAAAGUUGUUAUUGUGAUAUGGUGCUUCGCGGUGCUGGUUCUAGUGCAGAGCUACACUGCAAACUUGUCGUCUAUGCUCACUGCAAAGAGGCUCCGGCCAUCAGUGACUGGUCUCGACCAGCUGGUGAGCAAUGGUUAUUAUAUAGGAUACCAAGAAGGAGCAUUUGUGGAAUCCUUUCUGACAAACAAAGGAGCCAAAAAGGAUAAGUUAAUGACCUUUAUGAACCAAACAGAAUAUGCUGAAGCUUUGAGGAAGGGAUCCAAGAAAGGUGGAGUGUCAGCCAUCGUGGAUGAGAUUCCCUACUUGUCCUAUUUCCUCUCUGAUAAAAACAACAAAGAGUUCGAGAUGGGUGAGCGCCUGUACAAGACCCCUGGACUUGCUUUUGUAUUUCCGAGAGGCUCUCCGCUAGUGCAUAAUCUCUCAAUUGCUAUCUUGAACCUAACCGCAGGGAAUGAGAGCGCAAGAAUCGAGCAGGAAUGGUUAGGCUCAGGCUCAGCUGCGCAAUUGAAAAGCGACAACAGCCCGAUUGCUGAUUCCAAGCCUCUCACUUUGCGAAGCUUCUCUGGGCUCUUUGUCAUCACUGGAAGUGUCUCAGCUUCCAUGACGGUUAUAGGCAUCGCCAGGUCGGUCUAUGCCAAGUACUUCAGAGUGACAGGCUCUGCAUCGCAAGACGAGAAUGGUGGAAGUGUACGCCAUGGAGAAUUCAGAGCUCUGCAGAACGACACGGGCAAUGGCUUUGAGCCUGAUCAACUCCCUCAUCAUGAAGUCAGGGAUAACAGUUCCCAAAAUGCCCAUGGGAGUGGCGGAAGCAUCGGUGACGAAGAGGCUGGUCCAGUGCGGGGUAGCAUGCCUAAUGGCUCUGUGCCUGAAGUUUGUAUCCAGAUCGAGAUGAGUGAUACUGGCCAAGGUGUGGACAGGGGAAACAGCAGAUAGAAAAAACAGUUUUUUUUUUGGCAGAUAGUCACUGACUAACAAUGUGCUGCAGAAUUCUGUGUAUAUACGAUAGCCAGAUGUGUUUUCCCUCCGGUUUCCCCCCCUCAAAAAUGGUGGGGAGCUGUGUAAGAGAGAAAAAAACACACCAAAGGGUCACAAGGAUCACUUCCCAGAUGCAACUACUCAACGUUUUUUUAAAGAAAUUGUAGCUUUUGUUAUAAGCAUUUUAG